AACCAGAAUCUGAAUUCAUAUUAGACCCCGAGACCUCAUUCGAACUCGAAACCCCAUUAUUAGAACCUGAAUCCCCAUUACCUGAAUCCCCAUUACCUGAAUCUCCAUUACCUGAAUCCCCGUUACCUGAAUCCCCGUUACCUGAAUCCCCAUUACCUGAAUCCCCAUUACCUGAAUCCCUAUUAGAGCCUGAAUCCUCAUUAGAACCUGUAUCCCCAUUAGAAUUAAGUAAUUCGCUUUUUCAGCAUGGCCAGGAUUAUGUCUCUCUUGAGGCAUUUAAAUGUGUUGCCAAUCAGUAUGCGGAAACAAGUGGGUUUAAAGUGAUUUCCUUAAAGGGUAAUAAUCGUAGUGAUGGCUUGCAUAGUACUCAAGUUUUUUCCUGCGAUCAUUCUG